AUGGGUCGCGUUCGCACAAAGACCGUCAAGAAGUCCGCCAAGGUCAUCAUUGAGCGGUACUAUCCCAAGCUCACCCUCGACUUCGAGACCAACAAGCGCAUCUGCGAUGAAAUUGCCAUCAUCGCGUCAAAGCGUCUUCGCAACAAGAUCGCCGGCUACACCACCCAUCUGAUGAAGCGCAUUCAGCGCGGCCCUGUGCGCGGUAUCUCCUUCAAGCUGCAGGAAGAAGAGCGCGAGCGCAAGGAUCAAUACGUGCCCGAGAUCUCCGCCCUCGACUUCACCCAGAACUCCGAGAGCGGCCAGCUCGAUGUCGAUUCCGAUACCAAGGAUCUGCUCAAGAGCAUGGGUUUCGACAGCAUCCCCGUCAAUGUUGUGGCCGUGGCGCAGCAGGGUGGCCAGGAACAGAGAGGUGGCCGCAGAGUGUUCGGCACUGACCGUCGGGGCGCGGCUUGA